AUGUCAACCUACGAAAAGAUGGCGGGCACAGGAACCGCCGCGCUGCGGCAGCAGUUUUCAAUUACUCUCAUCGCCUCGUACAUUAUCGAUUGGAUUCUCCUCGUUGCGCUUGCCGUAGGCUCCUAUGUCCUGGGCAACAUAAAGCCCAACUUUCGGAACUUUUCCCUAGCGGAUCCCAACAUUGCCUUUCCUUUUGCCGAGCACGAAACUUUUUCCAACAUGCUUCUCUUUGUCUGCUGCGGCGUCAUCCCCGUCGUCGUCGUGCUCGUCGUCACGCUGCUUCUCGUCCCCGGCGGCACCGUGCCCAAGGGCACCCCCGCGCUGCUCGUCUGGAAGCGCAAGCUCUGGGAGCUGCAGAUCUCCUGGCUCGGCCUGCUCAUGGCCGUCGGGUCCGCCUGGUUCUUCGUUAGCGGCCUCAAGAACAUGUGCGGCAAGCCGCGCCCCGACAUGCUCUCCCGGUGCAAGCCGGACAUGGACAAUGCCGACAAGUACAUUGUUGGCGGCUACCAAAUUCAGGGCGCCAACGGCCACCUCUACUCGGCCGCCAUCUGCACCGAGACGGACGAGUCCAAGCUCUGGGACGGCUUCCGCAGCUACCCCAGCGGCCACGCCGCCGCCUCCGCCGGCGGCCUCAUCUACCUCUCGCUCUUCCUCGCCAGCAAGUUUGCCGUCACGCUGCCCUGGAUCAUGCCUGGAUCCGGUGAAAAUCCGGCCUCGCACGGCGCGUUCCCCUCGCGUGCCGGACACGCUGACACUCACGCCCAAAACGGCUACGAGGAAGGCAACGACGGCAGCUGGCCGCUUGGCGCCAACAAGAGCACCAAGCGCAAGGUCUAUAGCGCGCGUUCGCGGGCUGCUGCUCCGCCCGUCUUCCUGCUCAUCAUCACGCUGGUUCCGUUCUCCCUGGCGCUUGUGAUUUCCGCCUCGCGCUGGUUCAACUACCGUCACCACGGCUUUGAUAUUCUCUUUGGUUUCAUCAUCGGCACCCUAUGCGCCAUCUACAGCUUCCGAUACUACCACAUGCCCAUCCAGGAUGGUGCUGGCUGGGCUUGGGGCCCCCGUAACCCUAAGCGUGCAUUCUGGGCCGGUGUUGGCAAUGUCGGUUAUGGCACUUCCCAUUCAGAUCCUCUGGCCGAAUCAGGCGAUGUUGAGGCCUAUCCUCAGACUGCGGUCUCGCGCGGUGCUAACCAGCGCGUCGGCCAACAACCCGAGGCGAACGGCCAGUACAGCUCACAAUACGGUGCUGGAUUCGAAGAUGUCGAGAUGCAGCGACUGAACCAGGCUGACAGCCGCGUGUAG